UAGCGAAAAUAGGCCGAGCUCGAGUGUGAGUGCCCCGUCCCUAAAAUCGGCGGGCCUCGGGACGAGCCAGUGGCUUCCGGCGAGGCGGUGUUGUUGUUGUCGUCUCGCAGCUGUUCUUCCCCUUCAAGGUUACGCCUCCUGUGAUAUGUUAGCGCACUGAGACCUUUACUGGUGCUUAUUGAUCCCCUCCAGCCAGCCAGCCAGCAUCAUGGAGGAGCCCAUGAUGGUCGACAGCCACCCUCUGGAGGAGCAGGCGAGGAUGAGCGGCGGAGGAGGUAGUCGCGCUGGAGUGUGUGUUCUCAACACCAAGUCUAGGCCUAUCAUCGAGGACUACAUCAUCUCCUCAAAUGUGCUUGGCCUCGGGAUCAACGGCAAGGUGGUCGAGUGCUUCAGCAAGAGGAACCAGCACAAAUAUGCGCUUAAGGUUUUGCGAGACUGUCCUAAGGCAAGGCGAGAGGUGGAUUUACACUGCCGUGCAUCAUCCUGCCCACACGUUGUUGCAAUAAUUGAUGUUUAUGAAAAUGUAUAUAACAACCAAAAAUGCUUAUUGGUUGUAAUGGAAUGCAUGGAAGGUGGGGAGCUGUUCCAGCGUAUCCAGGAUAGAGCAGAUGGUGCAUUUACAGAGAGAGAAGCUGCCUGCAUUAUGAGAGAAAUCUGUGUAGCCGUACAGCACCUACAUCUUUUAAAUAUUGCUCAUAGGGACCUCAAACCAGAAAACCUCUUAUAUACCACUGCAGGCAAUGAUGCUGCUCUCAAGUUAACAGAUUUCGGAUUUGCUAAAGAAACCUUCUCAAAGGAAUCAUUGCAGACCCCAUGCUACACUCCUUAUUAUGUUGCACCUGAAGUGUUGGGACCUGAGAAGUAUGACAAAAGCUGCGACAUUUGGUCAUUGGGGGUCAUCAUGUAUAUUUUGUUAUGCGGUUUCCCACCAUUCUAUAGCAACCAUGGCCAUGCCAUCUCUCCUGGCAUGAAGAAACGAAUCCGCACUGGGCAGUACACUUUCCCCAACCCAGAAUGGGCGAAUGUUAGCCAGGAUGCCAAGGACCUGAUCAAGGGAAUGCUGCGGACAGACCCCGAGGAGCGACUCACCAUUUUCGAUGUUAUGAAGAACAAAUGGAUUGUGCAAUAUGCAGAGGUGCCCCAGACUCCCCUCCAUACAUCAAGGAUUCUUCGUGAGGAAGGUGACCUCUGGCAAGAAGUUCAGGAUGAAAUGACUCGCUCCCUUGCCACAAUGCGCGUUGACUAUGACACUCUCCAAAUCAAGGCAUUGGACAGUGCCAAUAACUCUCUCCUCAGUAAGCGCCGUAAGAAGGUCACUGACAACUGAUUCAGGAAAAGUUUAGAAGCUGUUUGGCAAGGACCAUUUCAUGUGAGUGUCUUACAGGCUCCUUCAGUGCUAGCAUAAUUUAAAAUGCAUCCCUGUGGUUGAUGCUUUUUACUGUACUGAUGUAGAAGAGUUAUUGGUGAAAGUCGGAUGGUGUUGAUGACUAAUGCUGAAUUCAUGCACAAAGGUAGUGAGUUUGUAUUGUUUUAUUGAUGAUUAGGCUUCCUCUUUUUCUCUCUUUUCUUUUUUGAAAAAAAGUUGCACAUUUUAUCUAUACAUGAUGCAUUAUACACAGUGUUUUUUGAUAAUGCUGUUUUACUUUUUUCAUUAAUUUAUUGAUAUACUUUUUUAUUGUAUUUUUAUUAUUCUGUAAUUUAUUUUCAUUUUAUAUAUAUACAUUUUUUUUUACUAUUCAAUUUUACUUGUCCCAUGUGCCACAUACAGUUCACAUCAACUUAUCUUGGUUGUGCAAUUGACAGUUUAAAGCACUGAUUGUAUGCAGUUUUAUAAACAGUUUUUUGUCUGUUAUUGUUUAUGUGAAAACAAUAAAAAAGAAUGGUGCAAAUACAUAAGAAUAAGGAUUCACUGAAGUUGGAUAAGAUACUUUAGCCUGGCUCUGAGGCAUGCAUUGUUAAAAGUAAACAUGGUAUCCCUAUCUUUCUUACCACAUUGAAUGACAAAUGUCUGAACAUCAUUUCCUUGUUAACUUUUCUCAUGUGUCAUUCAUUAUGUCUUCAUGAUAUAGUUACUUAAACCCAUUGCCAACAGAUAAUGCAGUGUCCACAGUGGUUUUGCUUUACCAAUUUUCUUUACAUACAAAUGGCUACACAAGCACUUACAAGGAAUCUGUUAAUAGGCCUACCGAUCCCAUUGUGUUUACUCAAUUCCUGGAAUUUUUUUGUUAAUACUAUCAUCAAUAUUAAUGUUAUUUUUAUUCUAUUAUUGUUAUUGUAAUAUUAUGAAUAGUGAUAAUGGAAAUUUUUAAUAAAAACUUAAAUUUCAAGGAAUUUGAUACACAGGGGAGGUAGGUAGGUCUAGUAACUAAAGCAUUUAUGGAACCAUCUAUAACAGUGAUAAAACAAAGCCACAAUGAAUAAUGCAUGUACAUUUGUACUCCCAGCAUUAAUGGGUUGAUUGACCUACAGUAUUCAUGUCUCUUGACAAUAAGAAAAAUAGAGAUCCAACAUUUAUUUUUAACAGUAUGUAAUAAAUUCAGGUGUUGUGGGUUUAUGUAUAAAAACUGCUUCAGUUGCGUAUGACAAUAAUCAACUUAUCCUUGCUGUAAGUAUUUCAGUCUGAGAAAUGAUAAGGAGUGAGAAGAGUUAGAAAAUGUCUUUGGUCUUUUAGAAACUAGCAAGGAUAACAAGAAAUAAUACUAUUUAUGUACACAAAGUUUGAUGUCAUGAACUCUUGUUAAUACUCAGUGUAUAUAUAGAACUGUAUAUUUACUUGCUUGUUAAACACAAAAUUAAUCUGUGAUUGAGAAUAGUGUGAACUUCAUUUUUAACCCAGUGUAAAGUAAAAGGGUUGGUUUUUUAAGAAUUCUUUUUCAUCUUUAUCUUCUUUUUCUUCAUCUUUGUCUUCUAAGUAAUUGUUCCUCUUUAGGUUGAAAUAAUGAGAGAAACAUAAAACGAGACCCAGAUUAUGAUUUAUGGGACUUUUACUUCUGAAAGAUAAGAAACAUCAAAUACAACAAUAGCAAGCUGUUGAAAUGCAUGUUUAAAUGUCCUGUUUAAGGUCUGAAGUUUGAUGAAUUACUACCAAAAAUAUUCAUCAGUAGUAUUUAUACCUUUAAUGUACCCUUUCAUGUGUGGACAUUUCACCAAGCCUUUUUACCUGUCAAGUCACCAUGAACAUAGUACCGUAAAUUUAUAGAUAACUCAGAUACUUAUAUGUAUCUACUGAUUGUGCUGACAUUUGUUAAAGAGUAUGUUGAUAAUAUUCAUAGCAUUUUUAAUGCACCAUUGUGCUGUUUGUUAGGUAAUAAACAUUAGUUCAUUAAUUUGGUAUGUAUGAAUGUACGAGUAUGUGUCAACAGAGAUAAUAGCUUUAAAAAGGUAAUUACAAAAUAACUUAAUUUUUUAUUGGUACUGAUGCUAAUAAUUACUCUUAUUCUAAUUAGUUAGUAUUGUGUAAUGGAUGAUAUAUCUUGAUUAAUAACAGGAUGUCGUAAAAUUUAACAUUUUAGUUUAGUCUGUGUGCAUUAGAUAAAAAAACAAGGAAACAGCAUUGCAGCAUAAGAACACUGUGAAAGUUUUUGAUCAUGAUUGAAGAACAAUAAAUGUUUUUUGUUUUAGAUUUUGAGAACUCGUAUUUUCUCAAUCUAAGACAAAAUAUGUUUUCUAAAUUGCUCUGCCAUGAUUUUUCUUUUUCCCUUUCAAUACAUAGUGACACAAAGAGAAUAUUUUUUAAAAGCUCUCGGCAGAAUAGUGAAAUAUUUUGCUUGGAUGUUUCUUAACCCAUUGCUGCCGGGUAAUUGCAGUCUACAGUAGUUUUUUUUAUGAAUUUUGUUUGCAUGUAGACGGCCCCACAAAUGCUCAGCCACCAAGCAGCUAAUUGGUAGACCCUUGACCUCACCUGAUUUUUGUUUUUCUUUUUUGUUGUUGUUAUUGUUAUUAUAAUUUUUUCAAAUUAAUUAUUGACAUUAUGAUUAUUAUGAUGUUAUGAACUAUAAUAAGGGCCUUGAAAAAUUAAGAAGAAUCUUUCCAAGAAUCAAUAAAAAAGGUAGAAAGAGAGAUAGGCAGGACUAGUAAUUGGCUCCUUGGUGAUUAAGCACUUGUGGAGCGAUGUGUAGAGACAAUUAACAAACAAAGAAGCACAAUGGACAUGGCAUGUAUUUUUGCCAUGCUAUGAUCAGUGGGUUAGAAACCCAUACGUACAAGCCCAAUGCUUUGCUAGCACAUACACACAUACUAAGAACAAUCAUAACAUCAGCAUUGUGGGGAUGUAUAGAUUGUGUUUGCACAUUUCUUUGUUUAACUUAUUAUGCUGGGAGGGCAUGUACAUAAAUGCCCAGUCCACUGGGAUUUUUGUUUAUCAAUUUUUUUAGUGGUAGAGUGCUGGCCUAGCAUUUGUAGUGUCUUGAGUUUGUGCCUAGUUGCCUCUUUCUGUCAACUCAGCUUGGAAUCAGCAUGUUGUGGUCAAAGUUGGGAUGGAAAGGAACUGACCACCCUCCUGCAUCACCCUGUAUGCUAGUGUGCUUGUCUCUUACAUUAACUUAUGGGACCAGCUUUGACUUCUUUUGUAUACAUAGAAGGCUCAGAGGAGUUAGGGGUCAUAAUUUUUUUUAUUAUUUUCACAAAUGUACAAAAAAUACUCUUAUUCCCAGGACCUCCUCCCCACUCCAGAAAGUACGAAGCAAAAGGAUAAAAAUGAUAGACCUCUGCCACAGGAUCUCCAGGGUCUAAAUGAAUGCAAUGAAACUUAGUGAUUCUAGCAGGCAACCAUUAUAAGACAUCUUGCAUUGACUAAUAAUCAGUGAAGGAUGUCGUGUCUUUGUCCAUGGGGCUUUCAUAAAAAAUCUCAUUUGCAGCAUGUCUUCCUGUCUUGAUUUCAACAAUGCAAUACAAGGGCAAUAAAUAAUGUUUAGUUUUUAAUUUGAUCUAGAUUGUCAUUUGUUUUCAUGUUUAAAAAGUGUAUGCCAGAGAUUACCACUCUUUCCCCAAGCUUACAGUUUGUACACAUGAAAAUUUGAAAAAAAAUGGACGACCCCUAACCUAACCUGCCAUAUUUGGCGGUGUUACUCAAUUUCUUGAUUUUUGAAAUAUUUUUUUUAGUGCUUUAUUAUUAGUGGUAUUGCAAGCAAUAGUACAAUAACCAUAAUGUCAAAUAUGAUGAUGAUGAUAGUAACAAUAAUAAUAACUUAAAAAAAUAUUAAUAUGUAUCCUGACAAUUCAAGGAAUGAGACAAUCAGUUGAGGUCAGGUAGGCCUACGAAUUGACUUCUUGGUGACUAAGCACUUGUGGAGGCACCUAUGUAUAAACAGAAUUUACACAAAAAAAAAAUCAGUGGAUAGUGCACAUACCUGGUGCCAAUAGGUUGAGCAUGUGAGCUUGUGCAUAUAAGCAUUUAAGUAAAAAUAUGUAAGCAAGUAUAGUUUCAGAGAAGGGAUAAGGUCUUGGUGUAUAUGUGUCUGCCCCCCCCCCCUCUCUUUCUCACCCUCUCCCUCUCCCUCCCUCUGUCUUUCAUAUCUUUAUAAUAAUCAGGUAUUUUAGAAACUGACCUGUUUCUUUGUAAUUGUUGAUUUAGUAUAAUUAUUUUGUUUUCAUCAAUUUCUCUCUCCUCUUCUUCCUAUCUCAUUUUUAUUUUUUACUGUUCCUAUUCCUUCCUUUAUUUCCAUGUCUACUGUAUUUUAGAGUGAGAAAUUAUUUAAUUGGAAUAUAGAUAUUGAGGUCUCCAAAUUUUUAAUCAUAAAUGUGAUAUAAUGUUGAAAACACAUUUGGCAGAAUUUACAGCUCGUCUUGUUUCAGGAGAUUUUCGAAUGCAAGUGAUGUUACAGAGGUGAGUUCCGGCAGUAGCCAUUCUAUCCUUAAAAUAAAAACAUGUAAGCCAUAUGUUGAAAUUAAUUGAUACUCUCAGGGACUCAGAAAUUAUGAUAUACUUCGAAAUGUAUCCCUUUCUCAUGGUCUUCAUAUUUAGGUCAUGUCAUACCUGAUCAUUUUUAGAUUCAUUUGACAUAACUUUCAGUAGGUUUAUUUUGCUGUAAAGUCAGUUUUUUCACUUAUUCCAGCUGUUGUUAGACCUUAGUCCUUAAUCAUGAAUAUUACAGAUUUUAAUAUUUUCUUCUUUGUAGUAUUAUUUAUAGAGGCCUUUGUACAAGGACAAAGAAGCUAUUCCUUUAGACUGACUGCCAUGAGUUUAAUACUUAAUGUAAUGUUAAUUUGCAUAUAUGUUAUGUUUACAAGUACUUUUUUUGUUUGUUUACAAAAGGCUGCUCUUGAGGUCAAUAUACACACAUUGUACUUAUAAUUGUAUCCAUUCUUUUAACCCCCUAAAGGAUAAGAAAGUUAUGAACUCUAUGCACACACAGUACAGGAAAAAAUGUUACUCAAAACUCAGAUUGUAAUAGUAAAAUUGCUGUCUUUUUGACGUGUCCUACACAGAACUUAGUAUGACUGUUCCACAUAACUUGUGCCUACACAACACCUAAAGAAACAAAUUAAUAAAAAAAUCAGGUCAACUGACUUUUGGUGUCUUUCCCCCUGGGUAAUGGACGUACCUGAUUACAUCAGUUGUCGUAUAUUGUCCUUUAGGGGUUGAAAUUAUUUACCAUUCAUUUUAUGUAUGAUACAGAAAUGACUUUGCUACUUGAUUCACAUUUAAGGAUUUGUUAGUAUGUCAAGUAAUGAUUGCAUUUUUUCUUUAGAUGUAUUAAAAAUAUGCAUAUAUUUAUUGAUAUAUUAUUACUAUUUAAAUUCAUAUUUCUUCAUUAGGGAUUAUAGCAUACCAAAUCAUAAUAAGCAGAGAUAUUGAUUGAUUGAUUGAUUCCCUAUAAUAUGAGGUCGUAAGUGUGAUUUGUUUUUUCAAUGAAAAAAUAGUUAAUGUAAUAUUGAUUUUUAAUAAUUGGUUAAUCUCACAAUAGAUUUUAUUGAUGUGAAAUUUCUUUUCUGUAUCUUAAUUUUUAGAUUAAGAGCUUUAACAUGACCACUAAUGCAGUGCACAUUUUAAAUGGCUAACAAAACAGGUUUUUCACACACUUACCUUGCAGAGGACGCAAGUUGAGAAAGUUAAUUCCUGAAGUGUAAGAAACAAAUUAAUGUCAAGGACAGUUUUAAAAGAACAAAAUUUUGGGAUGGUUAUUUUUAUUGAAUCUUUUAAUUGUAAAUUAUUGUCAUUGCUACUGUAGGUUUGACUUGAUGACUCUUUUAGAUGGCAUCAAUUUGUUACUGAUUGUAUUGACUGUGUAUCUUCUUUAUUCAAACCCAGUUCCCAGGAUGUGUAGACUUUGAGUUGGUUUGAAUAUUUGGCCUUUGUCAAUUGUUGUGCAGUGCUUGGUUUGGCCUAUAACUUAGGCAUAUAAUGAGAAAUGUAAUGCCCCUCAAAAUUGCAUCAUAUUUUAUGAUAUUCUUGUUUUCGAAAAUGUAUUGUGUACUCUUUUUCCCCAAUUUAGGCUGUGUAUGUUAAUUAUAACAGGCCUGAUUACAAUAUUCAGUAUUUUUUUUUAUCACACUGCAAAUAAUGUAGAGAAGAAUUUGUUUCUCUAUGCUUUCAGUAUAAUUGUAAUGAUUGAUGAUUUAUUUAUUAUUUCUUUAUUUAUAAGGAAAUUAUUAAAUGUUUUCAUUCAUAUUUUCCUUUACAUAGAUAAGGAUCUUUGCCAACUAUAUGAUUUCAUGUGAUUCCAGAGCAUUAAAACUAAGUUUGAUUUUAUAUGCAUUUAAAGGAGGUUAAAACUCACCCAGAGUUUAAUGUAAAAGCUUGUAGGUAAUUUCCUUACUUGCUGAUUAGCCUUGACAUUUCAGCCAGAAUAAGGAGUUUUAGUAAAGCAUAUAACAAACA